AUGGGAUACUUGGGACUUGAGGAAGCCAAAAAAAACACCCCAGGAAAACCUAUUGUAGAGGGGGCCAGGUUCGUGGCCCGUGAUGAAGACGAGGCGGGAGGGGUCACAGGCGGGGGAGGGGGGGGGGAAACCUCAGGGCUCACCCAACGGGCUUACGGGGGGGGGGGACUUUCUCCCCCCCCUGAGAGACCCUCGGGACCGGUGCCAUUUGUUGUACAUUUUUCCAUAAAAAUGGGCUGGGAUAAAAAACUUCGGCAAUUGGAAAAACGGACUCUUUGGGGGGGGAACCCAGGGGAAAAACCCCGGGAAAAAAAAAAACGUGUGGUUUUCUUUGGCCGAACCCACCUUUGGGGAACUCUUAAUCUUAAAAUGGAAACUUGUGUAUUACUAAAAAUGUUGGGGGAAAAUAGUAAAAAAACAAAAAAAAAACAGGGUCUUCCCAAACCCACUUGGAUUUUUAACGUGAACGGGGUGGGGGACCAAGGCCCCACCCCGGAGGUUGUGUUUGGGGAAGGGAUUGGUUUCGUGUGGGGGGGGUGCCCUGGGCGUUGA